AUGUCGUGGCACGAUCGCCUAUUGGAAGAAGCCAGGCAGGAUUUGAGGCAGGUGGAGAGAGAGAUGCAGAGCCAGAUGAGGCUGCUGGACCUGCACCUGCGGCAGCUCCGCAAGGAUCUGCCUACGUGCUGCCCGCACCACGCACGGCCCUGCUGCCUGCACCAGCCCGAUGCCUGCCCCUGGGAGAGAAGGGCCAUCACCGCGAGGAUGGAUGUGGAGCGGGAACUCAAGAGCAUGCAAAGAAGGCUUAACAAGAUGGUACAUUCUUUCCAUGAUCACAGACUUCUGGCUUUGAUGGACGUGAAGGGUUUUGAUCCCAAGGAAGUCUCUGUAACGGUGAAAGAUGGGAAGGUGAAGGUGGUAGCGGAGCACGAGGAGGAGUACGCCACCUCAAGAGGGAAGGAGUAUAACUACAAAAACAUCUGUCAGGAAAUCAGCCUGCCGCCGGGGGUGAGUGAGGACGAGGUGACCUACUCGUUGUGCCCCAAUAAUGUUCUGAAGAUCGAAGCAGUAAGAUGCUGCCCUUGUCUUCCGAGCAGCUGAGCCACAGCAGGGAGCAACACCCAGGCACAGUCAUUCCUCUGCCACAUCUCUCCUCUCCAUCAGCUUUAGGUUUGUCCCGUUAAUCACGCACCAGCAGCUCCC